UGUUCGCUCGCAUAAUGUUUUCCAUCCUCGUUGUCGCCGCAGCGUAGUUUCAAACAAGUGUGUACCUCGCCGUACACAUGCUGUAGACGUAGUUUCAUUCCUUCUCUUUCUCUCUCUCUCUCUUUAUUUAUCCCCCCCCCAUCCCUCUCUCUCCAGCUUCACUGGUGACACAGAGUCGAGCGCAGGAGAUUGUAGCCGUGCAUUUAAAAAUAAUCUCUUAGUUGUGUACAUACAUACUCACAUGUACUAGGGACGCCAGUGGAGAUACUAGUCCAUAUUGCAUCGAUUGCAUAGAACUGUUAGCGGCUGGUCUUGUGAGGCGGAAGCAGUAUUCGCAGCUAGAUUGAUAGCCGCCACUGAAUCACAGCAGCAUCCAGGCACUCUCCGCCAAGAUCAGCUGGCUUCGCGCUCCGUCAGAUUAUUCCCAUCUCCGAGUAAGUGAAAAGGAAGGUGUGGGUGUUCCAACAGCGAAACAGUGGUCAACGCUGCGCCAUCACACAGAAACCCAGCGGGCGCAUUGCUCCGGAUCACCAUCGCCAAGAGGCAAGCACAGAGAGGAAUACGUAUCAGUAGUGCAUCGGAAGUUGUUUCCACCGCGAAAUCCUCCAGGAACGCAGUUAUCACGGCACACAGACAGGCAACUAUAAAACAUCCGUGUCCAGAGCUGACGGUGAGCCAGUAUGCAUAUGCAGGAAUUGAUGGAGGCGUCUUGUAGCUCCCCAUCAGGCAACAGCGCCCUGGUCCUGGAAGACACCGAGACAAUCGAACCCAAAGAAGCCAGUGGCACGGGAAAACCGUUCGAAUCCUAUUUGGAAGCUAUUGGUUUCUUCCAUGAUAAAGCCAAGAGGACCAACAAAGUGUUCGUGGGAGGACUGCCGGGGAAUUUAACCGAAGAUGAGAUGAAAGCAUUCUUUGAGACGAAGGGAAAGGUAGAUGCAGUGAGCCUUAUGAUGGAUCCUGUCACGAAGCGGCACCGAGGCUUCGGAUUUGUUAUCUUUGAAGACGCUAGUGUCGUCGAUCUACUGGUAGAGGCGCACUAUAUCACAGUGAACGGCAAAGUGGUGGAAAUCAAGAAGGCUAAGCCAAGGAACGAAAUGUUCCCAGAGCUCUAUGGUGCACCUGCACAGGCCGGUGCGGGUGGCGCCUUAGCAAGACAGAGCGCCGCCCCGAGGAAUCUGAGCAUUGCCGACGCCAAGCAGAAAACCAGCACGAUAAGCAAGACGCUGUCGGAGGCCAGUGAUGUCAGCAGAAGCUCUAGCACUUCUACUAAUUCAUCUUUGCACAGGCCGAUCCCAACGUACCCAACACCUGCUGGCUCGACGCAAACAAGCCCAAUGACUGUCACUAGUGUGCUUAUGCCUCCCAUGGCUCACGUAGUGCCACCCCCGGCAGGAUGGAUGCAGUCGGGCAUUCCGGUGAGCACCCAGCCGGCUCACAACCUGCAGGCAUGCGCAGGUCAGCUACAAGUACCUCUGACUCAAUCACACGUUAACACCGCGCAGUUCAUGGGCCGAGCGCCUAUGCCAUGCCCUCCCACCCCCCCUGUGGUCACCUCGCCAAGCAAUGGUCAUUUCCCCUUGCCGCCGCAGGCUUCCACCAAUUGGGGUCAUACUGCACCGUUCGCAACAUCCGUGGCGCAAUCCAGUCUCGGCCUGCAGCUCAAUCCGUUCCCCACCGGCAUGCCUGGGGCAUACUCAAUACCGGCUCAGUCUGUCGGCCCACAUACUGCUCAUCUACCUCCUCAGUGCAGUCCGUUCUCACCGCCCGUAUUCUCACACAUGGCGAGCAGCGGCACUGCUCUCUCACCGUUCCUCCCCCCAGCGGUCCAAGGAAUGCCACAGCUGUCCAUGUAUCAACCUCUCACUGCUUUUCAGAUUCCGCCGGCCGAGGGUAGAAGUUCCGGACCUAAGCUCAGCGUUCCAUCGGAGGAAUUCCAAGGUCAGCUGACAAAGACAGAGGAUGGAAUCACAUACUUCAACCCUGAUAUGCAGCAGGUCAGGCGCAAGGCACCAGAACGAGUACCUUCCAAAACGGCAGUGAGUAUAAAGCGUUUUUCUGCGGAUGAAAAGAUGCUUAGUCCGGAAGAAUGCAGCUAUCCUACGAGCGAGGAUUCGGGAGAAGAAGUGAGCGCUGAACAUGCUCACCAUGCCAACGCCACUGCAGUAACUGCUGCCUGUUGAGAAGGAAUGGCGAGCGACGUGUCCGGGUCAACCAUGUGAGCUGUGUAUGAGCUACAUUGUAACCAUCCAGGUGCACAGAACACCUGCAUCUGCACCUGCGAAUUGAUCCUCGACGGCAGUGGCGUUUCUACAGACGCGGAAAACUCGGCGUCACGGGAAUCGUGAAUAUUUUUGUACAGUUUCUACCAACAUCUGGCCGUUAUUCGCUUCUACUCUUCUAUGACUGUAUGAGCACAAGUUGCCUGGGUGGCAUGUGAGCAGACUGCCUGUGUGGCAUGUCAGCAGAUUGCCUGGGUGGCAUGUGAGCAAACUGCCUGGGUGGCAUGUCAGCGGAUUGCCUGGGUGGCACGUGAGCAGACUGUGCGUGGAAUUUAACCACAGCCUGUGUGGCUUGUGAGCGAAAAUCGGCGGCACGCUGAAAAAAAAUCAAGAACCAGCGGCUGGACGCUUGCUGCAGUUUCGUGCUCAAUGCCAAUGGCAUGGACGGUGGCACAACCCUAGUCUCAAGUCACAUGGCACUUCUAGCUGCACCCACUCAACAUUCCUGUGCUCGAAAAUCAUCGUAAUCUGCUAGAAUUAUUGUGCACGCUUCAACCAAAAUCAUAAUCAAAAAUAUCUGCAUACAUGAAUAUCUGAAGCCGAUUUCCCCCCUCAUAACGAAUGCAAUGUACAGUUGCACUGCUGUAACUCAGUACUUUACAGCAUACCUCGUAAUGUGUGUGACAAUUCAGAAACGCCAUGCAACAAAAAAAAGGGUGGCAUGUCAGCGGAUUGCCUGGGUGGCACGUGAGCAGACUGUGCGUGGAAUUUAACCACAGCCUGUGUGGCUUGUGAGCGAAAAUCGGCGGCACGCUGAAAAAAAAAUCAAGAACCAGCGGCUGGACGCUUGCUGCAGUUUCGUGCUCAAUGCCAAUGGCAUGGACGGUGGCACAACCCUAGUCUCAAGUCACAUGGCACUUCUAGCUGCACCCACUCAACAUUCCUGUGCUCGAAAAUCAUUGUAAUCUGCUAGAAUUAUUGUGCACGCUUCAACCAAAAUCAUAAUCAAAAAUAUCUGCAUACAUGAAUAUCUGAAGCCGAUUUCCCCCCUCAUAACGAAUGCAAUGUACAGUUGCACUGCUGUAACUCAGUACUUUACAGCAUACCUCGUAAUGUGUGUGACAAUUCAGAAACGCCAUGCAACAAAAAAAAAAUAUUCGAGGCUCAGCUGCCGCUUACCCUCGUAUUCUCCAGACAGUCUAAUUCUCAGAAGCUCAAUAUUUUAUCCGAUUGAUGUGCCAGUGCAAUGGUAAAUCAGAUCUGCUACUACAGCACUGAAAUAGAAUGAGUGUCGUUGUGAUAACAUCAUUAUUUUACGAGUGUCGUUGUGAUAACAUCAUUAUUUUACGAGUGUCGUUGUGAUAACAUCAUUAUUUUACGAGUGUCGUUGUGAUAACAUCAUUAUUUUACGAGUGUCGUUGUGAUAACAUCAUUUUACGAGUGCGUUGUUA